CCGAUAGGUUCAUUUUCAUCAAAAAAAUGUUGUUGCUUCGUGUCUGAAGGAAAUUUUAUUUAUUUAUUUAUAAUAUUAAAAGACCCUCCAAGAAAUAUGUGUAAUAUCAACAAUAAUCGUAAUUAAUCUGCUGCUAAUUAACUGGUGUACACUAUCGUAGCGUUAAACAAUUGUUCGGAUCUGUGGAAAACAUGUUAAUCGAAAUGUGUAUAUUACGCCCUUUCAUGGGUGGAGUAUUUGUGAAAAUUGUAACAUUUUGAUGUGUAAUAUUGUGCUCUAUACGCUGAAAUUGUUGUUCCAAAAUAAAUAAAAAUAAAAAAAAUUCGAAAAAUUUGUUGCAAAUUUCGAGUGAUAAUGUGUGGGUAGUCCGGUUUGCAUGCCAUUUCAAUCAAUGGAUUAGGCGAAUCAACUUUUUAACGAUAGUAGAGUUAGUCAUCAAUCAAUCAUCAUCAUCAUCACCAUCAUCAUAACAAAUUUGGUAACAACAACAGUUGGACACACAUGCCAAUAAGGUUAUUAUCACCGUAGCACUUCCAUUAAGAAUUCAUCAAAAACGCGAUUCAAUUAAAUGAAAAUGAAUUCAGUGUUUUCGGCAUUCAAAACGAGCAAAAGCGAUGGAAAGCAAAAACAAUCAAGCAAAAAGUUAACACCAGACAGCAGCUAUGAGAACUUAAGGCACAUUCGAGAUAUUGGUUCUAGUUCGAAAAUGACUGAUUUUGUGGAUGACACCGACGGCAUUUGUAGCAGUAGUAGUAGUAAUAGUAGUGGAGUAGCAACGCAAAUUAUAAGACUAAAUUCGCCAAGUUCAAUUGGUGACGAAAUUAAUGAUAGCACCGAUGUUGUCGAUCAUGGCAAGACUGUCAUCGUAGAUUAUAUUGAAAAUUAUCAUCCCAUCAACAAGAAAUCAUCAUUACAAACGACUGAUAUUGCUGAUGCAUGUGUGAACGUGCAGCCAGAUAGGCUAGUGGAAAAUGAACAAGUGGAUCCAUCAAUACAUUCUUGCCAAACAAAUGAACAAAAUGUGAAAAAUAUCAGCCGAACAGAUUUAUUAAAUGAGAACAAUCACAUCCCACAAUUGCCGCCAAGUGGGUCGCUGAUUAAAGUUCCGUCGACCAGUGAAAAUCAACAGGUGCCAAUAAUUGUAUCGAAUAAUGUCACCAAUAACGAUGUCAACAGCAUCACGAGCAAGGCGAAACGUUUCCAGCAUCGACUCAGUUUGAAAUGCAAUCCUAAUCCUACGCUACCAUCGGUACAUGGUCGUGCCACAUCCAAUAACAGUGAUACAAAGAAAAAAUCAAGACUUUCGACUCACCAAAGAAAUUUAAGUUUGGACUUUAGAUCCAUGGGAAUAUUGUUACCGCCAGUGUCGCAGGUGACCAACUCAUGCAUAAAUCUAACACAGCAUCACAGGAAUCGAAGUCUUGACAGUGCACUUCAAAGAAUUCCGGAGGUUGAAGUAUCUUCACCCAGUGCUGAAUCGGAGAACACCUUGUGCACAACAUCAAUACUCGGCUCGGCAAUGUGUAGUAAAAUAAUGACUACAACAGCCUCCACAUUAUUACACAAUUCAGUGAUGGAACCGACUUCCGUUUCAUCGAGUACAACCGUUGAUUCAUGUCCCAGUAAAACCAACGGCACGGUCAUCGGUAACACACCAGUUCCUUCAAACGAAUGCAACAACAACAACAACAACAACAAAAAGAAAGAAGAUUUAACUAGUCUCGGAUCGGACGAUUCCGGUAUUUUGUGUGGUUCAGAAACCGAUCAAGCGUCGAUAACGCGUCAGAUACGUCGCUCACACGAUAGCAUCGAUUCGGGUGAAGUGGAUGCGGAGGAAGAAAUUCUCGAAACAACAUCGAUGGACGAGGAAUAUCGCAUGAUUCAAUCGGAUUUGUUUUUCUUCAAUGAAACCGAAAAUGAUUUGGAAGCAAAAUGUUCGCCCACAUCCGCAACGUCCGUUCCGAUCAUCGAUUCAUCGAAAACACCAUAUCAUUACGAGCAAAUGAAGAAACGAAGUCCCCGCAUUUGUGUACCCAUCGAAUUCGAAGACGAGCCACCGAACAAAGUCAACGACAUUGUGUCCACGAAAUCAUUAAAAAUCAAUUCCGAACCAAAAGCCGACGGUGCUAAGAAUGAGGUGAUAUUCAAAAAUAUCUUUGGUGCCACAAAAAAUGCCAUUUUCCGAACGGCACAAAGUAUCAUCGACAAUCACGAGAAGAAAAGUUCCAUGAAACACAGCAAAAGUGAACCGGUCGACGAACCGUCGAAAUUGCAACCGGAAAAUUUGCGGAAGAAAGAAUUCUUUACGCUGAAGUCACCGUCGAGUAAAAUCAAACUGUCGACGCCAUCAACUCCCGAAACACCUACCGACAACGAAGUGAAAUCGAUGCCAAAAUCAGCAUCAGCAAUGUCCCUAACACUGGCGGACGGUGAAAAGUGUAAGCUGCCAGGCAUGGUGAAGUGUUUCACAAAAGCACGAGAAACCGAGUUAUCGCUACCGAAUACGGAAAAAACACACAGCGGACUGUUGCGAUUCUUUGAGUCGCCCAUUUUUAACAUUCACUUUGCCAUUCAUUACUUGUUUUACUCGAAAGAACCGGGAGUGCUAAGUUUUAUCGGAAAUAAAAUUUUUAGCUUCAAGGAUGGCGAUGUGGACUUGUACAUGCCGCAGUUGAUUUUGAUGUACAUUCAAAUGGAUGAAUUGGCUGAAGUUCUCGACGCAUAUCUGGUGUAUCGAUGUCGACGAUCGGCCGACUUUUCGCUGAAGUGCUGUUAUCUUCUGGACGCAUACAAUUACAAAAUCGAAUCGAUCAAUCUGCGCAAAACUCAUUUACAUUUGAUGAAAGAACUCUAUCCGAAACCGCAACGAAAUCAAGGAAUUGUCGAAAUGUCUCCUGUUAAGAAAACCCACCAUCGAUCUCAAUCGGACGCCACUGGCCUAUUUAAUGGUUCGUUAAGCAUUAAACUACAACCGGCGUCGAAUCGAUUGUGUCUGGGUGAUCUUUCCACUGGCCGGGCUUUCGACAAUGGAUGUACAUGUUUCGAUACCGUCAGAGGCACAGUCAAUGGUCUCCUGGGACAGAAGACCGUUUGCAUAUGCGGUGUGUCGAAGUUAGCACCGCAACGGGAGUUUAUGAAAUCGCUAAUCGAUAUCGGUCGAAAUCUAACGUCACUUCCCACCAAAUCCGAAAAGACCAGCAUUCUUCGGAUGAGAUUGAAUUUGAUCAACAAGAAUCUUCCAGCUCGGGUUUGGUUGCCAUUGAAUUCGGACAGGCCGCAUCAUGUGGUCCGAAUCACCGAAGAGAAAACGGCCGUACUGAAUUCGAAAGAUAAGACACCGUACAUCAUUUACGUGGAAGUGGUCGAAGUCGACGACAUCUACACUUCGCCAGUCAUACCAAAAUUAAUGCCAACCCUUCGUCACACGAAAAGCGAAGAACAUCUGGAAAGUAAUCUGACCACAACAUCGAACCAGUUAACGAAUGGUCAUACAAAACCUGAAGCAUUGGAUCAUAGUAAUUCGCGCGAAGUCGAACGAUCGUCCGAAUAUGGCAUUUCGGACAGUGAUGCUUGGUCACAGGAAGAUGAUGAGAUUACGGUUCAAUACUCGUCGAAUUUAAAUAGAACUAGCAAAACGGAUUCCAAUUCCAAGUCACAGGCAUCUUUGGAUUCGAUGGAUUCGAGAGAACAAAAUGGUCCAGUGUCAUUCAAUAUUGGUGAUGUGAGAACGAGGCACUGCAACAAUCUAUACACAGAAAACGCAAAACCUUUCAGCCAUGAUCCAGAGGAUCCCAGUGCAGCCGCUUUGAAAGAGCCGUGGCAUGAAAAAGAGCGUCAAAUACAGAUGUCUUCCCCUUACGGUCACUUAUCCAAUUGGCGUUUGUUGUCGGCUAUCGUAAAAUGUGGCGAUGAUUUACGUCAAGAGUUAAUGGCUACUCAAUUGCUUGAGACGUUUAAGAUCAUUUGGCAAGAAGAAGCGGUGAAUGUGUGGGUUCGACCAUACAAAAUCGUGUGCUUUUCGAAUGACAGUGGCCUGAUCGAACCCAUUUUGAAUACGGUGUCAUUGCAUCAAAUCAAAAAGAAUUCAAACAAAAGCCUUCGCGACUAUUUUAUCGAUGAGUACGGCAGUGCCGAUUCGGAUCAAUUUAAAAUUGCCCAAAGGAAUUUCAUGCAGAGUUGUGCCGGUUACUGCUUGAUCUCAUAUUUAUUACAAGUUAAGGAUAGACAUAAUGGAAAUAUUUUGUUGCAUUCCGAUGGUCAUUUGAUUCAUAUUGAUUUUGGAUUUAUUUUAAACAUUUCGCCGAAAAAUUUGGGAUUCGAACAAUCACCGUUCAAAUUGACACCAGAAUUUGUUGAAGUGAUGGGUGGUCCGAACUCCAGUCUAUGGUUGGAAUUUCAACAUUUAUUGCUGAAGGGUAUGCUGGCAGCGCGAAAGCAUAUGGAUCGAGUAAUAAAUAUCGUCGAAAUAAUGAGAAGCAGUGCCCAGUUACCGUGCUUUAAGAGCGGCUGUUCGGGAACGGUCCGCAAUCUGCGUAAUCGUUUCCACAUGAACUGUACGGAAGAAGAGCUAGAACAUAAAAUGGAACAAUUUGUAUUCGAUUCGUUAAAUUCAUUAUCAACGAAAUUAUACGACGGCUAUCAAUAUCUUACCAAUGGCAUUUUGUGAGAAAAAUUUUUCAUGAAAAUCUAAUGGAAAAUAAUUUCUAGGAAAAUGAUAAACGAAAGCAAAAAAAUUUAUUUAAAACAAAAUGAAAAAUUUGAAGCUCUAACCAAAAUGGAAUCUCAUCAAGUCAUCACACAAACACACACAAAACACAUUUAUUAUUACAUUCAAAAACGCAUAUGUUGUCAGCAAAGCAAUAUUACGAUUUUAAGUUUCAUUCUUGUUCUUGUACAGUCAGUGAAGAAGACUUGUAAAUAAUUAAUUCCGUUUCCAUGUAUACUCAUUGAUCACUGUCCCUGUACUAAUUUUUUUAACUUUUUUUUUCUCAUUAAUUUUAUUACAUUAAGCAGCCUUAUGAUAACACCGAUAAAUGUGUAACCAAACCAUAUAUGAUUGGGAUGGACAUUUUAUUCAUCGGAAUUUUAUCCGCGCUGCUACUUCGAUAACUUUAAUUUUUCUUUCUUUUUUUCUUUUUAACUUUAUUCGUCAUGGAUACUCAAUUUACUCACUCAUAAGCAUAAAAAAUACACAAAAAUUACUUAGCUAAAAAUUAAUCAAAUUUGUAAAAUAAUUAAAGAAAGAAAAUUAAAACAAAAAACAGAAAAAUGUUAAGAAAAUUUCAUAUUUUAUUCGCUAUGUAAAAAGAUAAAUUAAAUUUAAUUAAAAAAACAAAAAAAAAUUAUUUAAAUAAUUCAUAAAAUAAAAAAUUUACUCUACCAAAUAUAUUAUAUUAUACCAUGUAUAACAGACGCGUAAUCUUUUUACUUUCAUAAGAGAAAUACAAAGAAAAAAUUACAAAAAAAAAUUAUCGGUUGAGUAUGGGGAGAAUAAAUAUGAUUAUUGAUUAUAUUAAAAUGCAUGUUGGAUGUUUACAUAAAACAAAACAAAA